AUGUCCGCUUGGAGAAAGAGGAUGAGGACGGAAACAUGCGGGAUCGUUAUGCCUGCCAACAACUCUCAAAACCGGCCGGAGAGGACGAAAAGGCAUUGGAAGAAGCAAAAGACCGAUGGACCAAAGCAUGCCAGCAAAACCUACUUUUUGAAAGAAAGCUGCCAAUUCCCAAGUGCUCGGAAUUUGAGCAAUACUACUAAACAGUCAGCACCCCAAGAGAUUUCUAAACGAUAG